AUGGCGACGGUUCCACAUUCCCUGGUCUGGGAGAUCGUGAGGAAGAAUAACUCCUUCCUGAUCAAACAGUUCGGCAACGGCAAUGCCAAGCCAGCCAGUGGGAAGGAGGUUGCGGUGGUCCUCUCGACAACCAAAACAAAGAAGCAGAACAAGCCUGCCAGCCUCCACCACAAGUCUGUCAUGCGCAAGGAGUCCCGCAAGAUGGCCAAGGCUGUCAAGAACCAGGUCGGUGACAACUACUACAGGCCUGAUCUUACCAAGCCAGCUCUUGCAAGGCUGAGCGCAGUGUACCGCAGCCUCCAGGUUGCCAAGUCUGGUGUCAAGAAGAACAGGCAGGCAAACUAA